AUGAACAAGACAGAGAAAUUGGGCCAAAAGCAAGUGAAUUAUUCGGAUGCUUCGAUCCUGGAAAAGAUAAACAACAUACGAUACGACCCGAUAAAUGAUAUUGGUAUAUAUCCACGAACAAAUGAUGAUGAAGAACUUGUUGUAAAAAGACUGAGUGAUACCGAUUUUAGAAAACUUGUUCAAUCACUUAAUGUUGAACAAAAAGAGUUUUUUUACCAUGUACUGAACUCUGUCAAAACUGAUAAGCUGCCAAUGAGACUGUUUUUAAGCGGAGGUGCUGGUGUAGGUAAAAGUACUGUCACUAAUGCUUUGUAUGAAGCUCUCAUAAGAUACUUAAAUUCUCAACCUCAGAAUGAUCCUGAUGAUGUCAGUGUUGUAAAAGUAGCCCCAACAGGCAAAGCUGCUUUCAACAUAAGAGGAAAUACACUUCAUUCCGCCUUUAAAAUUCCUGCAAACAGAGGAUUCAAUUAUUGUACACUAGAUAGAGACAGAUUGAAUACAAUAAGAUCUCAGUUACAGAGAAUGCAAGUUAUUUUUAUUGACGAGAUAUCUAUGGUAGGAAGUGCUAUGUUUAAUUUUCUUGACUUACGAUUGCAACAAAUCAUGGGUACAAAAGAACCAUUUGGCGGUCUUAGCAUAAUAACAGUUGGCGACUUAUUUCAACUGAAACCCGUGUUCGAUAAUUGGAUAUUUGAGAAUUCAAAGGAUGGUUAUGCUGCAUUAGCAACAAAUCUCUGGCAAAAAUAUUUUCAAAUGUUUGAAUUAUCUGAGGUUAUGAGACAAAGGGAAGACAAAGAAUUUGCUGAAAUUUUAAAUCGUAUAAGAGAAGGAAAUCAUACUGAAGCUGACAUUGAAGUUUUGAAAGAAAGAAUUUUAAACAUUAGUCCACAACAUCCUGAUUAUCCAAUAUCUUUAACCCAUUUAUUCAGUACUAAUAUGGCAGUUGAUCAACAUAAUCAUGACGUUUUCCAGAAAUCUUCAAACGAGAAGGUCGACAUUAAAGCAAUAGACAUUGUACUUGGAGAUUUAUCUGACGACUUAAAAGAAAGACUCAAAAAACAAAUCCCAAACGAUCCUUCGAAAACCAUGGGCUUGUACUCAGUAUGUUCAAUACUUAAGGAAGCAAAAUAUGACCUCACGACAAACGUGUCAGUUUUAGAUGGUAUGACUAAUGGUGCUGAAUGUAUCAUCAAGAAAAUCGAUUACCGAGUAGAAGGUUCAUCAAGACCAAGUAUUAUCUGGGUUUUAUUUCAAGAACAACAUAUUGGGAAUGAUUAUCGCAGAGAAUACUCUUAUCUUUACAAUCAAAGUAUAGAAAAAAAUUGGGUUCCAAUUCUUGAGGUAAAAAGACAGUUUACAAAAAAUAAAAUACAAGUUCUUCGCAGACAGUUUCCUUUAAGACCAUCUGCAGCCAAAACUAUUCACCGUUGUCAAGGAGAUACAUUAAAUGAAGCGGUUGUUGACCUUCCAUCGUUAAAGCGAGAGCAUAUGCAUUACGUUGCUCUUAGCAGACUUAGAAGCAUUUUGGGAUUACAUAUUCUUAAUCUGAACGAAAAGAAAAUAGCUGUGAGCAGGAAGGUACAAGAAGAAAUGACAAGACUAAGACAAAAUUCUGUACUUAAAAGUCAUCUUCCAUUUCUCUAUAAAGAUACUAGUGAGACAUUUAAAAUAUUAUUCCAGAAUGUGAGAUCAUUACAUCUUCACGUUGCUGACGUUGCGAGUGAUUAUAAUGUAAAAGCAGCAGAUAUUAAUAUAUUUGUGGAAACUGCUCUAUGUAGUAAUGACAACAAUGAAUUGUAUCAGAUUCCAGGAUUUCGACUAUUCAGAAAUGACUUCAUCCCACAUGGUACUAGAACACCUUACGGAACUGCUGCUUACGUAAAAGACAAUAUACAACUCAUCUUAGAACCUUCAAGGUGCAACUAUAAUCAUGUAGAAAUGACAUUACUCAAAGUAAACCAACCAGUCAAUAAUUUACAUGUUGUAGGAAUUUAUCGCUCUAAAUCAAAAGUAAAAAUUUCAAUGUUCGUAGAUGCUUUAAAACAUUUGCACUCCACGUAUAUAAAUGAUCCAAAUACUCCUGUUAUCAUCCUUGGUGAUUUUAAUGUUAACCUUUUUGAAAAUGCAUCCGACAAAAAUACACUUUCUAAAUAUUUAAUCGAAGAAAAGCAAUACGUGCAACUUAUUAGCCAAGUGACGACUGACUAUAAAACACAAAUUGAUCACAUAUACACUAAUAUCCCUGAAAGAGUAAAAAGUAGUGGUGUUUUAGAAUCGUACUUUAGCGACCAUAAGCCUAUUUUCGUGACACUUAUUUGA